AUGAGGGGCACGCUGCUGGCUCUGGGCUGCCUCGCUCUCCUGCUCCUGGCACGGGAAGGGGCAGGGGAAGGGAGCAAGGUGAGGCUCUGUGGGAGAGACUUCAUCAGAGCCGUGGUGUUCACCUGCGGCGGCUCGCGCUGGAGAAGGGACCGCGAUCUGCGGGAGAGUGAAAACCCCCAGCACUUCCCACACGAGGACGAGGGUGAUGCUGACUCCUCACCACACCCAGAGCUGAGGCUGGGAAUCCACAGAGAGGAACCCCAGGACGUCAAAGCUGAGCAAGACUUGCAAAACACCAGCAGAGUUCCUGUGCUCAGCAAGCGUGAGGCAGCCAAGCUGCUGGCCACAUCCUGCUGCAACGAGGGCUGCACCAGGACAGAGAUCAGCUCCCUGUGCUGA